ACAAAUUUAGAUAAAUUGCAGACUGGAAAUUUGGAACACAGAAACAUGUUAAAUUUUAUUUUUUUAGUGAACAAACAAGGACAAGUCAGACUUAGUCAAUAUUUUAAGCACCAGGACGAAAAUGAAAGGAGGGAUAUUGAACCUGAGAUUGUAAAGAAAUGCUUAAAUAGACAAGAAAACCAGUGUUCAUUCCUGGAUUAUAAGCAGUAUAGAAUUAUUUAUAGGAAAUAUGCUUCUCUGUAUUUCAUUGUGGCUGCAGAUGAAGAAGACAAUGAGAUGGCAGUAUAUGAGUUCAUCCACCAUUUUGUAGAAACUUUAACAUCUUAUUUUGAUAAAGUGACAGAGAUAGAUAUCAUGUUUAACAUGGACAAAGUUCAUAUGAUAUUGAUGGAGAUGGUGCUUAAUGGAGAGAUAGUUGAAACCAAUAAAAACAGAAUUCUGGCUCCAUUGCGGACAAUGGACCAUGCUUCCAAAAGAUAGCUGAAAAUGCUGGACAUUGGUUGUUUUGCUUUUGGAUGCUACUUGUGUGUCAAAUUCAGGAUUCUGGGGCUCCUGAAUUACAGGUGUCAGAUGAAGAGGUUUCUGAAAAUUUCGAAAACAGAGGGGAAUGGUUUUCUUUGAAUUUACCUAACUCAAAGAUGCCAUUUGUUAUUUGAAUUGGCGGUGUAAGCAGUAAUGUGAAACAGUUAAAGUGCCUUUUUGUAAGUCUUUGUGUACUAGAAAUUGCACUUUUUUUUCAAAAUUUCACUUUAAAAAAUAGCAUUCUAGCUCUUGCAGCUUUAGCAUUCUCUCUCGAGCUAAAAAGGUUUGAACCAGAGGAUGCAUCUCUUCUGUUUUGCAGAUCUAUAUUACAUAUUUCAAUUAGAAAUAUGUCCGUUAGAAGGGAUUGACCCUCUAGAAUUAAAAAUUUCCAGCUGGCUGUGCUGGCAGCCACAUUCUCCAGUGUGUUAGUUCCCUACAACUGGUGUCAGAGACCACACUGAGCCAGUGACUAUGCAGUUAAUACCCCUCCACUUGAAUUAAACUGCAACAAUAUACCAGUCUAGUCAGGCACUGGGUAGGACGUGAGAUGAUUCUUAACUUGAGAAUUGUAAGUGCCAGAGAUAUGUUUAAGUCAGUUUUAACAUAAAUAAACAUUCACACUGUCAAAAAUACCCUCUUUACUAAUAAUAAAAGAAGUGAAGAAAGUUG